AUGGAGGUUGAAGUCAAUCCCAACGAGGAUACCGAAUGGAAUGAUAUCCUUCGCCAACAUGGAGUCAUCCCAGAGAAACCGAAAGAUCCCGAACCUUUGAUCCAGGAGGCCCUGAUCGAGGCCGAGCGCAAGGCGUACGCGAACCGACUGGAGGACAAAGACCUGGACGAGCUGGAUGCGCUCGAGGACGAAGAGGACGAGGAAUUCCUCCAGCAAUACCGCCAAAAACGCGUUGCCGAGCUCUCCACCCUCCAACAAACCAGCCUGUUCAACCAGGUCUAUCCCCUUCAAAAAGUAGACUAUGCCCGCGAAGUGACCGAAGCCUCGAAUAGCGCCUUUGUGCUCGUCAACCUGACCUCUCAGGGUGGCAACGUCGAGUCGCGUGUGUUGACCGAGCUCUGGCGCCAAUUAGCUGCGAAGUUCGGCGACAUCAAGUUCUGCGAGAUCCGUGCCGACAUGUGCAUUGAGGGAUACCCCGAGAGAAAUACCCCAACCAUUCUGGUCUACAAGGACACCGAGAUCAAGAGGCAGCUCGUCACACUACGGGAAUUGAACGGUCCCCGAACUAAGGUGGAAGACCUAGAACGCCUGCUCAUUGAUCUCGGGGCGCUGAAAGAGAGUGAUGUUCGUCUCAAGAAGCGCUCUGACUCUGAUGAUGACCGCGGCAAGGACGACGAGCUCAAUGUUGAGGACUAUGAUGACGACUGGGAUUAA